AAAAAGAAAAAAAAAACCGAUAGAACCCAAAAAUAACGGCAAGAGCUGCUACAAGCCUACAACAAACCCUGUUCCAAAAACUCUUCUUCUCCAACGAUCAAUAAACCCGUGCAAACCCAGAGACCCACAACGAAGCAACCCAGGCGGUGAAGCAACGGUUCGGACUGAACCCAACGGCGAACGCUUCAGGCGGCGGCGAAGGCCCCAGGCGAGGGAAAAAUCGGCUCGGACUGAACUUCUCCACUUCGGGUUCUCACUCUCUCUCUCUCUCAAAAUCAGAUUUGCAGAAAUCCGAUCCUUUGGGGUUUUGGGUAUUAUCUAAAUUUUUGAUUUGGGUCUUAAGAAAGAAAAUCGGAUUCCCGAGCCUUUGGGUUUUUUCCAUUUGUAUGAAAAGCUAUGGCACUACCAAAAAUCACAGAAGCACGCAAUAAUCUUCGUAAAUCCAUCAGACCUUGUGCUCUGCUUUCACUUCUCUUCACCAAGAACCUCUCUCACACUCACAGACCCAUUUGCACCAAAACUCAUACUAAUAUUUACGACUCAUCUUUUCAUUCUGACCUCACCAGCAUUACAAAUGGCUUCAUUUCCAUCUUCACCAAGAAACCAUUUUCCCCACACAACCCAGAACUCAAUAGCCUUUCACCAAGACUCACCACCCAAGUUGUUGAAAGUGUGCUAAAUUGCCUCAAGAGUUGGAAAAUAGCUCACAUGUUCUUUACUUGGGCCUCAAAUCAAUGUGGUUAUAAGCACAAUUGUUAUACUUAUAAUGCCAUGGCCUCAAUCCUAUCGCGUGCUGGACAAAUUCCCCCACUGAGAGCCAUGGUCAUGGAUAUUGUAAAUUUGCGUUGUUCCAUGUCUCCAGGAGCUCUGGGAUAUCUAGUAAGGUGUUUGGGCAGUGCAGGACUGUUUGAUGAAGCUAACGUAUUGUUUGAUCAAGCUAGAAGGAUGGGUCUUUGCGUUCCCAAUGACUAUAGCUAUAAUUGUUUGUUAGAGGCUUUAUCUAAGUCUAAUUCAGUUGUUUUAAUUGAAAUGAGAAUGAAAGAGAUGCACGAUUAUGGUUGGAAAUUCAGUAAAUACACGCUGACCCCGGUGUUACAAGUUUAUUGCAAUGCUGGCAAGUUUGAAAAAGCUCUGAGCAUGUUCAAUGAUAUGAAUGAGCGGGGGUGGGUCGACCUGCACGUAUUCUCUAUCUUAGUUAUGUCUUUUAGCAAGUGGGGUGAGGUAGAUAAGGCCUUUGAAUUGAUUGAGAGAAUGGAAGACCAUAAUAUUACGUUGAAUGAGAAGACUUUUCGCGUUUUGAUUCAUGGGUUUGUAAAGGAGUCCAGAGUGGAUAAGGCCCUUCAAUUGUUUGAUAAAAUGCAGCAAUCAGGUUUCUAUCCUGAUGUUUCACUAUAUGAUGUGCUCAUUGGAGGACUCUGUAAAGUAAAGGAGCUGGAGAAAGCCUUACAUUUGUUUUCAGAAAUGAAGCAGUUGGGAAUUCAUCCCGAUGUUAAAAUACUUACAAAGCUUGUGACAUUUUUCUCUGAAGAGAAAAAAAUGAUCCAAUUACUCGAGGAAAUGCAAGAAGAUAUUGAUGAGGAAGCUAUGAGUUUGCUUUACAAUUCUGUUCUGAAUGCUCUUGUUAAAAACAACUCAAUCAAUAAAGCUUUUCUCUUGCUCAAGGCAAUGAUGGGGGAUCAAUCUGAUGCUGAUGUUGUGGAACAUAAACUCCUAAGCGUUAAGAAAGCCAUUCGCCCUGACACCACUUCUUUUAGUAUUGUUAUUGAUGGUCUACUCGGGACUGGUAAGUUGGACUCAGCACUUAACAUUUUCCAGCAUAUGAAGCAAAUCGGUUGUGCACCAAAUAUAAUGAUUUAUAAAAAUUUAAUUGAUGGUCUGUGCAAUUCAAAUAGAUCGGAAGAAAGUUAUGAGCUUUUCAGAGAGAUGAAGCUGUCAAGAUUUGAACCAACCCGUUUUAUCUACAACUCUAUAUAUGGGUGCCUAUGUAGAAUGGAAGAUGUUGUCGCAGCUCUUGAUCUGGUGAAAGAGAUGCGUGUCUAUGGAUAUGAACCAUAUACAAAACAUUCUACCUUGCUUGUAAAAGGGCUAUGCAAACAUGGGAGAGCAGUAGAAGCUUGCAAAUUUCUUGCUAGCAUGGUUCAAGAAGGUUUCCUCCUUGAUAUAAUUCCCUAUUCUGCAGCCAUAGAUGGUUUAAUCAAAACUCAAGAAGUGGAUCGAGCUUUGGAGUUAUUCCGGGACAUUUGUUCUCGUGGCUAUUGUCCUGAUGUGGUUGCAUACAACAUAUUGAUAAGUGGGCUCUGUAAGGCAAAGAGAGUUUCUGAAGCCGAAGAUAUUCUGCAUGAGAUGGAGGUCAAGGGGCUUGUCCCCUCAGUCAUUACCUACAAUCUGCUUGUAGAUGGAUGGUGCAAAAAUGGUGAUGUUGAUCAGGCCAUGCUGUUCCUUUCCCAGAUGUUUGUAAAAGAUAGAAAGCCUAAUGUAAUUACUUACACUACUUUGAUGAAUGGGUUAUGCAAUGCUGGAAGACCCGAUGAUGCACUGGUGCUUUGGAAUGAAAUGGGAAGAGAAGGGUGUUCUCCAAACAAUAUUGCUUUCAUGGCCCUCAUUCAUGGUCUUUGUAAGUGUGGUAGGCCUGACACGGCACUUGUAUAUCUUCACCAGAUGCAAGAGAAGGAAAUGGAACCUGACACUUUUGUCUAUGUAGCACUAAUGAGUAGUUUUCUAUGUAAUCUUAACCUACCCUUGGCUUUUGAAAUUUUAAAGGAGAUGGCUGGAAAAGGAAACUUUCCAGAUCCACUGGAUAAGAACUGUCUUAUUGUUCGAGAUGCAGUACUUAAGUUGUUGGAAGAUGCCAGGACUUCUUCAAGAGUUAGAAAUCUUAUUGCAGAGGGUAGAAUUCCUAAAAUAUGCUGUUCAGACGUCAAAGAUGAAGGUUGACAUGAACUUAUUGAUUGAUUAGGAGUCACUAAGAUAGCACAGAUAUGCUCAAGGAAAUUUUUAGUAUAGAACUGGGGUGCUCAGGCUAAAGAAAGCAACAUGUCCUUCUCAGCUUAAAUUUGGAUGGUGGAUUAUUUUCGGCAGGGAAGGCUCUGUAUAAUCAACCUACCUUUGGGGUUUAUGACUCUGACAUCACCAAGUGACUCAUGUUUGUCUUGGGAAAAUCCUGUCAUUCUUUUUCAUUAUUAUUGAUUUGAAUUAUAUAAAGAACACUGAAUAUGAAUUAAUUUAGAAUCCUUAAUUUAUCAAUCCUUUAGUCGGAUAGAAUUUAAAUGAAAACAAUUCUACAAGUGGAUGUAAAUAUUGGACAUGGAUCAUUUAUUGUUCUAUGUAAACUGAAGAUGUUUUCAAUCAAAUUCAAUCCAUUAGUUGGAUGCAAAACUUAUUUAUGAA